AUGUGGACGGCGUGGUGUGUGGCUGCUCUGUCCGUGGCGGCUGUGUGUGGCAUCCGCCAAGAGACAAACACGGUCCUCAGGGUCACCAAAGAUGUGCUGAGCAAUGCCAUUUCCGGCACCCUGCAGCAGAGCGAUGCCCUCCGCUCGGCCCUGAGAGAGGUGCCCGUGGGUGUUGGUGGCGUUCCCUACAAUGACUUCCAUGUCCGAGACCCCCUCCCAAAAUACACCAACGGCAAACAGCUUGGCGGGAGUUACAAGUACGGUCACAUUGAGACCAACGACAACACCGCCCAGCUGGGGGGCAAAUACCGGUACGGCGAGAUCCUUGAGUCCGACGGAAGCAUCCGGGACCUCGGGAAGGGCGACUACCGCGACGCCGGGAGCGCGUACGGCGGCCACAGGGGCCACCUGCGAUACAGGUCGGCCGACGGCGCGGCGACGGUGGGCCGGCGUCACCGGCGAGAGCUGCAGCCCGGGGAAAUCCCGCCGGGGGUGGCCACGGGGGCGCUGGGCCCCGGCGGCUUGCUGGGCACUGGAGGCAUGCUGGCCGCCGACGGCAUCCUGGCGGGCCAAGGCGGCCUGCUCGGCGGAGGCGGUCUCCUCGGUGACGGAGGACUUCUCGGAGGAGGGGGAGUCCUGGGCGUGCUCGGCGAGGGCGGCAUCCUCAGCACCGUGCAAGGCAUCACGGGGCUGCGCAUCGUGGAGCUGACCCUCCCUCGGGUGUCCGUGCGGCUCCUGCCUGGCGUGGGCGUCUACCUGAGUUUGUACACCCGCGUGGCCAUCAACGGGAAGAGUCUCAUUGGCUUCCUGGACAUCGCGGUGGAAGUGAACAUCACAGCCAAGGUCCGGCUGACCAUGGACCGCACGGGGUAUCCUCGGCUGGUCAUCGAGCGAUGCGACACCCUCCUGGGGGGCAUCAAAGUCAGGCUGCUGCGAGGGCUUCUGCCCAACCUCGUGGACAACCUGGUGAACCGAGUCUUGGCCAACGUCCUCCCUGACUUGCUCUGCCCCAUCGUGGACGUGGUGCUGGGACUUGUCAACGACCAGCUGGGUCUCGUGGACUCUCUGAUUCCUCUGGGGAUAUUGGGAAGUGUCCAAUACACCUUCUCCAGCCUCCCGCUUGUGACCGGGGAGUUCCUGGAGCUGGACCUCAACACGCUGGUCGGGGAGGCUGGAGGAGGCCUCGUCGACUAUCCCCUGGGGCGGCCAGCUUCGUCUCCCAGGGCGAAGAUGCCAGAGCUGCCCCCCAUGGGCGACAACACCAACUCCCAGCUGGCCAUUUCCACCAACUUCCUGGGCUCAGUGCUGACCGUCCUGCAGAAGCAAGGGGCACUGGACAUCGACAUCACCAACGGCAUGUUUGAAGAGCUUCCUCCGCUCACCACGUCCACACUGGGAGCCCUGAUUCCCAAGGUGUUCCAGCAGUACCCCGAGUCCCGCCCGCUCACCAUCAGGAUCCAGGUGCCCAACCCGCCGUCCGUGACACUGCAGAAGGACAAGGCGCUGGUGAAGGUGUUCGCCACCGCCGAGGUCAUGGUCUCCCAGCCCAACGACGUGGAGACCACCAUCUGCCUCAUUGACGUGGACACAGAGCUGCUGGCCUCAUUUUCCGUGGAAGCCGACAAGCUCAUGAUUGACGCCAAGCUGGACAAGACGAACCUCAACCUCAAAACCUCAAACGUGGGCAACUUUGAUGUCGGCCUCAUGGAGGUGCUGGUCGGGAAGAUUUUCGACCUGGCAUUUAUGCCCGCGAUGAACGCUGUGCUGGGUUCUGGCGUCCCUCUCCCCAAAAUUCUCAACAUCGACUUCAGCAACGCAGACAUCGACGUGUUGGAGGACCUCCUGGUGCUGAGCACAUGAGAGGCAGAGAUGCUGCUCCAGCUGGAAGAAGCCAGAACCAGCUCCCAGGAGGCUUGGAUACCGACUCCCCGUCCCAAGUCCCUUCAGCCAUCACAACAGGCCCCUCCCCAGCCCUUCAACCCUCUUCCCACUUGCCCCCACCCUAGAAAGGAUCCAACCACUACCCCGUUGGCAAACAAUCCCAUCUACCUAUGGUUAGCCCCCGUCAGGGGGAGGGAAGUCACCUUGGGCGCCGAGGUCUUGCAGACCCCAAGCUGACACCAUGCUGCGUACUUUAUAAUUUCAAUAAAAGAUUCCACUUCUCCUGCAA